ACUGUUGACAACUGUUAUUAGGGGCAUAAUAUCUCAUAAAAUCUUAAAUUAAAUUCAUCUCUCUUUUAGAUCUAGGUGUGCUUUGUUUGUUUUGUUUCUUCGCAUUUCUCUCGUUUUGUUGAGCUUUCCGACGUUUCGCCGGAGACUGUGUAAAAAAUCCUGAUCCCCUUUCAAGACUAUAAUUUAAUUUAAUUUUGAAACCUUGGUGCAGCUCAGAGAAAAGACGUCAUCUCUAUGAAUUAUGAGAAGAAUAGAUAAACUUAAACAUACCUACGGUUUUAGACAUUUAAAUGUGGGUAACAAACAGAGAAUAUUCUGUAGGACCCGUACAACCUGAUUAUGCACAUUUAAAUGUCUAAAACCGUGGGUAGAUUUAAGUUUAUCUAUUCUUCUCAUAAUUCACAGAGAUGACGUUUUUUCUCUGAGCUGCACCAAAAUUUCUCAGAACAAAGUUUCAGGUAAUUUUUCUAGGAAACUCAUCAUCUUCGUUACUUUCAACGGCUUCACAAAUUAUGAAAACUCAGAUUCUUCCUUGUAAAUUUUAAUUUAAUUGAUAAACAAAAAUAAAUUUAAUUUUAAUUUAGUUUCGCUCUGUUUUUUUAAACAACGCCGUUCGGAGAUUCUGUUUUCAUUAAGUACUCAUGAAUCUUUAAUCCACAUGAAAAGAAUCUUUAUCAAUUCAAAGAGAAAGAUAAAAUCUUUUUUUUGUCAAAGUUAUGUAUACCAAAAAAAAGUUUAUACCAAAAAAAGGUUUAGUUAUGUAGAUUAUAGUUUAAAAAAAAUAUAUAUAUACCAAAAAAAAGUUAUUACUAUUAUUUUUAUUUUUAGUAAUAACUGGUUCUAAAAAAUAAUAAAUUUUAGAAAAACCAGGUAUACGACUGUAAAAUUAUUACUAUUGUUUUUUUUCCUUCUCUUAUUUAUUUUUUCAUAGUUACCACAUAUACAAUUAAAAAACUUACAGACAAUCCAGCAAUAUUUUUUUACAGAUACAACCUAACAAAUCAUUAAUUCUAUAUAAUAAAUGUUAAAAAGGUGUUUGUCUAUAAAUGAUCAAGUUAUAAAGAAACUAUUGAAAUAUUUUCAAUAGAUUAUUGCGACGAUAUGUGUAAGAUGCGUGAGAAUCGGCCAGUGUAAAGAAAGACAAAGUAAAACAUUGUGGCCCCUUUAAUAAACCCAGAAUAUUUAUUUCACUGUGUCUAACACGAGCGAAAAAGAUGCUGGAUUUGUGUGCGAACAAGUGUCAAUGCCACGUCAAAUUAAUCCAAUCGUGGCCGUUGAAAAGAUAAAUAAUUUUUUUAAUAAAAAAGAAUAUUCAGUGGGACCCAUUAUACCUGAUUCUCGGCGCCAGUAAGGAGAUGUUAUAUAACAUAGGCUAAAACCAUAGGGUUUAUGAUUAUCUAUUAUUCCACAUAUAGUUUUAACUCCUAAAGUGCAAAGGAGAUGAUGGCCUCUUGAAUGACUUCUUCUUCUUUUUCUCCCUGAGCUCUAGUUUUCUCUGAGAAAAUUUUAGGUAUUUUUCUUGGAAACUCACCUUCUGCACGAAUUUUACUGGAACUCAGCUUCUUCCUUAUUAAUUUUAUUUUUAUAUUGCUCUGUUUCGUUCAGAUACUUUCCUUAUGUACUAAUGAAUCUUUAAUCCACAUGAAAGAAUCUUUAUUAAGUCAAAAGAGAACGAUAUAAUUUUUUUUUUGUCAGGAAUCUUCAAAGAUAUGGAAGAACCACGUCAACCAGAAUCUCUAUCCAGCUGCCGUAACGUUUCAGACGUCGCAUACUAUGUGAGGAACAGGAUCGAACUCUGUAUUCAAAACUACAUGAGUUUGGAAGUAACCGCCAAGUAUCUUGAGAAGAAUCACCGGAUUAGUAAAAGUGUUACCCACAUUGUUUGGGAGCAGCUUCGAGAAGAGAAUCCACUCUUCUUCAGCCACUUCGAGAUGAGAUGCAAGACGGCUUUUCAGAUGAGGAUGUUCAAUGAUAUGCUGCCUAAGCAAGCUGUUCGAAUGUUCGAGAAUGGGCUUAUUGAUAUCUGUGAUGCUUCACCUUCUGUUAAGGCUUUGCUUCGUCGAGAAGACCCUGAGAGAGUUCAUCGUAUGGAGACAUUAGCUUCCAAGAGGAAGCUGAGUUCUGCAAGCUUAGCAAUGCCUUAUGCAAAUUGUCCAUCAGUUGCACAGACGCAGAUUCUUUCUAAUCAGCAAGAACAAGUGCUUAAUCCUGCAAGCUUGGCAAUGCCUAAUCCAAGUGGUCCAUCAGCUGCUCAGCGGCAGAUUCCUGAUGAACAGCUAUAUAAACACCUUUAUGCUUCAAAGUUAGCAUUGUCUGAUGCAAAUGGUAUAUCAGUGCCACAGUUGCCUAUUCCUUAUGAUCAGCAAGAUCAGCACCUUUAUACUACAAACUUACCAUUGCCAUAUGCAAAUGGUCAAUCAGAGACACAGUUGCCUAUUCCUAAUAAUCAGCAAGAGCAACACCUUUAUGCUACAAGCUUACCAUUACCAGUUGCAAAUGGUCCAUCAAUGACGCAGCUGCCUAUGCCUAGUAAUCAGGAAAAUCAACCCUAUCAGGAUCCAAGCUCUGCAUAUAAUGGUAACUCUCUUGGAGAUCCAGCCGUUGAACCAGCAGAUACUGAAAAUUGGAUGCUACUUUUUGAUCCUAAAUGUAAAGAAGAAACUCAAACCUUACUCUCUGUCUCUCUCAUUGUAUUAACUAACCCUUCUACUUAUUAUGAACUAAUGUCCUAUUCUUUUUCUGAUAUAGUUGCCGACCUUGGAGAUCUACCACCAUUGCCACCAGAAGAUACUAAUCCAUGGCCUUCUUCAUCUGAUGAUCUUCUCUAUAUUGAUCCUAUGCCAGAAGACUUUUCUGCGUUUGAGCUUGGAGGCGAUAUAUUAGAAGGAAUGCAUCCCAGUGAACUGGAACAACACCUAACCGGAGGACAAUACCAACCCCAUUGGCAGCAGCAAACAAUGCAAAGUGGAGGAAGAAGCAACAACAACGGGCUGGUGAAUGGAGAAAGCAAUGGCGAACACCAAUGGGUUGAUCACCAACAAGCAGGAGGUGUACAACGUCACUACCCUGAUGAAUCUGAAGCUUUGAACAAUCCAGAUACUGGCUAUAUUGGACAUAACGGGUUUAGUGACACAUAUAUCAACUCAGAAGCACAACUAGUAACGCAGCCCAGUGAACAGCCACAAAACCAAAACGGACAUUAUCAGCCGCAACCAAACGUCCCAGUAGAAACGCUGGUGAAUGGUGAAAGCAGUGACCACCAGUUCUGUAAUAACUUUGACAAGAACCAUUCAAAGCGAAUGUUGUGUACAAGCGUUGUUGAUAAACAACAAGAAGCAGGAAGAGUCAAACGUCAUCAACCUGAAUCUGAAGCCUUGAACAAUCCUAAUAAUGGUGAUGGGACACAAACAAACCAGCAAAUAUCUCCAGAGGCAAGAGCAACGUCAAGGUCCCUGAAAGAGUGGGAGCAACAUGAGAGGGAACAGUAGUGUUCUUCUUCUUGUUUUGUCAAUUGAUUACUCUCCAUUAGAUUUAGAUGAGCUUUCUUCUUCUUUUUCUUUCUGUAAGUUUAAGACCCACAAGACUUUUAGGAGAUUUAUUGAUAAACUGUUUCUAAACUAAUGCAAAGAUUGGAUCUUUCGAGACACUAAGUAACUAAAACUGAAAGCAACUCAGAAACGUUAAGAAUCUCUAAGAGAAGCAGUAGAGAACGAACCUCAAUGCAGCCGCCAAGCACAAGCACGAGAUUACGUUACGUAUGCAUCUGAUAAGCACAAGCUCUCUAUGAAGAGAAGACUUUAUCAAUAAGAAUAGUUGUGUUUUGUCCCACAUCGGGAAAUGAAACUAUUCUUUGUAGUAUAUAUUAAAGAAAGUAACACUCUAAGCACGUCGAGUUCAGUAACGCGGGCUUGUGAUCCAUGUGGAGACUAUAGGGUGAUGGGACGCUUGAUCGAUCUUAUUGGGCCGGGUUCGGGUUGAGCUUUAUUCUGGCCUGCCCAUACCAAGUUGGGAGUUGAGGCAUGGUUCCUGAGCGAAGGCUCGGGUGCUGUGUCUCUUAGAGUGGGGGAGACUGCGUGAGGCUGGUUUCACAGAACAGCGUUUCACCUCCCACUCUCAACGGUGGAAGGAUAACGGGCCAUUGCCUUCCGAGCCCACUAUGACCCAAUAAGCCGAUUCCGAUUGGACCAUCAUUUUUU